AUCUGGCAACACUUACUCGAAGUGCCAUUAGGAACAGCUUCGUUUAGGGUAGAGAAUGGAGGCGGAGUUAAAACUUUUAAAUAAAUGUCCCGAAAAUAAACUGGAAAAGUUCCUUUAUUGUGUUGUUGAAGAUUUAUGCGGACAGAGACCACCACUUUUUUGUGACUAUUCUGAGAUUUGGUCUUUGACCGAAUGGUGGGAUGUGAAUAAUUCUCUGAAGAAGUUUUUUAGCAAUUCUGCAAAAUAUAUUGAAAAUAAAGAAAAAAUUCAGCAAACUUUAUCUCAUCUGUUACCAGAAUACAGAGAAAAAGUUCUCAACUGUUUGAAUAUUUGUCAAAAUGAUAUAGAGAAGGCCCUUGUAGAGAAAACUAAUUCUAUUUGUGAUAAUUAUUUAAAAGAUUUUGAUUGGAAAUUAAAGUUGAUAUUAUCAAGUGAUAGUUUGUAUAAUAUAAGAGAACCAUGUCUAGAAUUGGAUUUAAUGUUGGUCAGUGAUGAUGACAAAAAACAGCUGUGUGUUGAAAUGUCAAAAGAAGAAUUGAAAAGCUUCAUUGAUACAUUAGAAGCAGCACAUAAGGUUGUUGUUCAAAUGAUGGUGUGAGAUGUAGUAAUUCUGAUGUAAAUUAUGGUAUUAUGAAACAUUAAUAAUUAUAUACAGUAUCACAUAACAUGUACAACUCCAUGAAAUAAAUUAACAAACUUAAUUCACAAGC